AUGGCGCAUUGUUUCAGGUUGAGUACAGGUUUUGAUCGAGAAGGCCGACCAAUCAAAGUUGAUGCCUCAGGUUGGCAGGCCCGUAUUUUGCAGUAUAAAUGUGACCAUCUAGAAAGAACCCUCUAUGUUGGCAAGAUGGUCCCCAGAACAUUCAAGGUUGUAGAGAACUUGAGCUUACUUCUCCCUGCUGGGAGCCAUUUUUUAGGGAACCUGUUGGGUUCCAUAUUCCCUUGUCGUCAGGACAGGUUUUUGUCCAAAGGAAAGCGAGUAAUAUCAAUUUGUAGUUGCAAGGAUGCUGUUUUCCGUCUUCAGGGGUGGGUGAUGUCACUCUCCUAG